AUGGAUCGCCGUAAAAUCGUCCGACACAAUACAGAGAAGCUUCCCAACGAUCUCAUCAUCGAAGUACUCUCAAGAUUACCUGCGAAGUCUGUCGCAAUUUGUCGUUGUGUCUCAAAGCAAUGGGAUUCAUUACUUGUCAGCCAAGUUUUCAAGGAAGCUUUCCUGACAAGUUCAUUGUCUCGGCCGCGUCUUUUGUUCAACUUCAGAUUUGGCACCAAGUGGUACUUCUUUUCAUCCCCUCAAAAAUUUAGCGACAAGUUCAGUGUUGUAGCAACAGAACAUCAUAAGGAGGUAUGGGUUUUAGAUGACACCAAAGAAGCUAAAUGGUCCAAGGACAUGUUUGUUUUGCCAAAGAAUGAAAUGGAAUCAAUGUGCGCAACUGAUACAGGUGAAAUUGUUUGGGUGUCAAGUCCUUUGACCUACCCAUCAUAUGUUUUCUACUACAAUAUGGAGAGUAAGAGGGUUAGAAGAGUUGAAAUCAAAUGAAUGGAAGACAAGGUAUCUACGCGAAUACAUCGCCAUGAGUUUCACACCUCCAUGAAUCAUGUUGAGAAUCUGAUGUUUCUCUAUAAGGAAACCGGUAUAAUUCAUGGCACAAUCGAGGAUCAGGCCAUCUAG